AUGAACUUAAACGAAUCGAGUAAUAAAGAAGCUGGUGAAGUUGAAAUAGAGUUGGAAGAGUCUAAUGGUACUGACAAUGUCAUGUCCGAUGAAAAAAAUUGCAAGGCUAAAAUCCAAAAUGGCAUUUUGCCUAAUGGUACAUCAUCGAAAAUGGAGACCGACAACGAAACAAUUCCAUAUAAAUACACAAGUACAAAUCCUCCACUUUCAAUCAACAUAUGUAUGAACGGUUGUCAGUCAGUGGCAAUGACAACUGAAAAUUUGCCAUCUCCGUCUUUGGUCUCCGGGUCGGGAUCCAACGACGGUACUCCAGAGGAUCCGGAUAUGAUUAACAAUGUCGACUAUAAUUCUGGUAUUAAUAAAUGCCCGCCAAAAGUGUCAUGUAAUCUUAAUAAUGAGCUGGGAGCUACGUGGUCUAGUUCGCUUAAUAAUAUUGCGAGCAUUGGGUCAACAAGUCAAGGUACUUGUUGCGUUUUACGACCUAAUAUUAAUGGCAGCAGAGAAACUGCCGGUCCAAGUGGAUUAUCUAGGCGCGAACAAAAUGAUAGAAGAGACUCCAGUUCAGAAAAUGAAGGUGAUGAUUUUUCUGACGAUGAAGAUUAUUGUAUAUACACAUAUAAAGGCAACGAUGAAGCUGAAGUAGACGAGAGGCAUCGUAAUGGACUUGCAGAGAAUCAAGAAGCUGCUGGCCAACAACUGAGCGGUAGGUCGAGCCCCGAAAUGGAUUUUCUGGAGAUGGAUUUCGAUCCUGGACCUUCGUGUGAGCAGGACACUGGAGACAGCGAUCUAGCGUCUAUCAACGAAGACAUCCAGAAUAUUGCGCUGGACAAUGCGGAGGCUGAUUCAGUGUUUCUCAAUGACUUAAGCGGUGGAAAAGUUCAGAGGCCAGAGUCUCUACCUCAGGCUCAGAAUGAGCAAAAUGUCAGCGUUGAGUUGGAAAUUCAGGACAGUGUUUCUUUGGAUGGACCGUCUACUAGCGGCUUGAAUCAUAAUCCAGUUGCGCAAUGCUUACCUAGUACCAGUUCUGGCAUAAGAAAAGUCGGAGCUAGCUUAUAUAAUCACGGUGGAAUUCCAACGAGAGAGUCGCAUGGUUAUCACAACACAAGCGGGGAUUUAAUUUCUCCUGGUGAUAACAGAGAUGCUGAUUCUGAACUGUGGGCUGACGCUGCGGCUAUUCCAUUGCCGGAAAAUUCAACAGUUAAUGGGUUAAAGGUCAACUUGAGUUCGACUCUGUGGCACAGAAUGAUGGCUAAGAAACUGAUGCUGCACAAACAAACGGCAUUUAAUCAGAGUGGAGAGUCCAAUUUGGAAAAUGACCUGUGUAAUGAUAAAUUGGAUGAUUUACAACCGGUUGAAAGAGUAAUGCUUUGGAGCGAACAAGAAGCCGCUGCUAAACAAGUUACGCAGAUCGGAACCUCUGCAUGUGGUGCAACGUCUGCUAUUAAUGCUCUUCUCGCAUUAGAUGUGCCAUUUUCACCAGAAGUAUUGGUAAAAAGCGUAGCGACAAGACUCCGUGAACCAGGAACUCCCUUGCCGAGAUAUCUGCUGAGUCGAUCAAGAGCGGGAGCGACUCAUAAAGACGUUAUUCGAGGUAUUUCUCUGGCGAGUAGUGGCGCAGUGAUAACUAAGUUUUUUGCCUUUUAUCCGGAACGAGCGAUAUCGCUUUCACACUGGCUUCAUUACUGGAUUUCACGAGGCGCGGUUCCAAUCGCGACAUUGAAUCUUCAAAACUGUAGUAAAGAAUCUAAAAUACCAGACGCUUGGCACCAUCAGAUGAUUUUUGGAGUCAGCCAAGCGGGUAUAUACUUUACAAAUCCUCUUGAAUGUCUUCCUGAACAACUUGUUUGGCAUCAGUUAGUGAGUCCAAGUGUCUUGUUGGUUCGUCGAGAUGACAGACCGCAACCAACAACAGGAACAUUUAGCGCAACGCAUAUCCGUAUUCCUGCGUCUUAUCAGUCAGGUAUUACACUAGUAAUGCGAUCAGAUGCAGCUGCAGCCGAAGAAUUGCUUCAAGCUGAGGAAUUACCAUUACUCUAG